UACAAGCCAGAGAGCAAAGUGAAAUCUUUGCGCCGCUCUUAACCCAACCUGAGAAAAAUGGCACUCAAAAACAAAGCAAGGAUAUCAUUAUUGUUAUUGUCUUUUAACUUGUUAUUGUUCCUAUGGAUCAGGUCAAUUAGUAGCGAAGCCAUUUGUUCCACAGAAAUGAAUGUCGUAUUUUCUGUGGAAGGAUCCUACACACUGGGCGAGGUUAACUUCCAAAAUAUCUUCAGCUUUAUCUUUAAUUUAUCGAGCAACUUUGACUUGGCAACCAAUAAAACAUGGAUCAUUACACUGGCUGGAAAUGAGACGAGGGUCUAUAAAACGAAAGAAGACCUGAAAAAUGCCACAGCGCCGCAUUUUCCAAACAGUUCGCAAGUGUCUUUGGGUAAAUUACUGGAAUCAGUCAGAGAUUGGCUAUAUGGCAAUUACUCGCGAUUGGAUGUUGCUACUAUCGUUGUCGUUAUCACUUCUCAGAAGUCUGAUGACGACAUCGCUAUUCCAACAAUUAACUUAAAAAACUCCAACGUAACUUUGUUUUCUGUGGCAAUUGGGAGCCAGGUGUCUCUGGGUCAAUUAAGCGAGAUCGCUUCAAAUCCCAAAGAACACCACUUGUUGCAGGCUACAAAUACGAUGGAGCUAUCACAGAAUUUUAACCUCACUUUGGCUAGGAGAAUAUGUGAAGUUGUCGACAAAUGUGUCAGCUCUCCAUGUAGUAACAAUGGGAAUUGUACUAGCUUUACUGGUGGUUACAAAUGCACUUGUCCGCCAGAAUUUCAAGGAGACAACUGUGAGAUGAGUAUAUCUGUGGAAUAUCUGCUACUGGGUUGCUUCACGAACGCCUCUCAGACCAUUCCAUCCCUAGAGUCAGACAAUGCAACAUACCUUGAUGGCGAUUUUGAGACCAGAGAAAAUGUGGUCAAGAAAUGUGCUUUGGAGACUGCCAAGAAAGGCUAUAAACUGUUCGUUAUGCACAACUUAAAAGCUUGCCACUCUGGUCCAGAUGCACACCUCAUCGAUUUUACGGAUUUGGAAGGUUGCGGUCCAGGAAAUGAAGACGAAGUGUACCUCGUGGGAGCUAAGUGUGGUGACCUACUCAAAGAUGGCCUUAUUCAUUUAUCGAGCUCAACAAUCCAAGGAUCAUCCUACAACUCUUCCUGGCGAGUUCCUCUUUUAGAUGGCGACUACUCUUGGUGUCCAAAGGAAGACGACCCAGUCCGGAAACUUAAGGUUGAUCUGGGGCGAGAGACUUAUUUGAAUAAAGUGACCUUACAAGGUAAAAAAGAUUCUGCGGACUAUCCUGACAACUACUGUUUUGGUUCCAUUGUCAAUGGCGGUCAAGAACGAGAGAUCAUUCGAAACGAAUCUACUUGUCUGAUCAGCCUCUCCACUGCUAGUUCAAACGCUAAAACAGAAGUCACACCGAGUCUUGGGUCACUAGAAGCCCAAUAUUUGAGUUUUAGUCCUUGGAGACCAUUCAAGGGUGAUGGGUUGUGCCUGAGAGUAGACGUGUUUCGAAAAUACAACACAUCAACCAAAGUUUCAGUUUUAAGGGAGGCAGGUAACCUCAUCAUAUGCAAUCAUUCAAAUGUUCGCUCAGGAUUCUCUUGUCCUCCAUUGAUCGACGGACCUGUGGCUUGGUGUCCUGAUCAAUCCGUUGCAUUGCCGUUUCAUCAUCACUUCUUUCAAAUGGAUCUCAGGCAGCCAUUCAAUAUUUCCAAAGUCGUAGUGCAAGGAGCAAAAGAUGCAAGCGAAUGGCCAUACAAGUUUUGCCUUCGCUACGGCCUCAACGGAUCGGAUUUGAAGGAAUUAACUCAAUAUCAACAAGAAUGUCUACUGUUCAAACAAACCAACGAAGACCUGAGAGGGAACAGUAAACGUCCGAGGAAAUUCUCAGUUCCUCGACUGGUUCAGUCAGUCAGUGUGCAGCCUAAGUAUGCCACAUUUGGUACGAAUGAUGGUUACUGUGUCAGGACAGAAAUGACUGGCUGCGUUACAACCACAGUUGAUGGAGAGAAAGUUACUGAAGGAUGUACGCACAAGACGACAAGAGGCAAAUGCUGUGUGUUUCCUUUCAUCUAUGAAGGCCAAAUGAAAUAUUCUUGCAUUAAAAACAAUCACAACCAACCAUGGUGCGCAACUACUGACAAUUACGACAAAGACAAGCUUUGGGACAAUUGCAAUGCCACCAGCCCUUGUCACCCAAUGGCUUGUCAAAACGGUGGUAAAUGCGUGGAGAACUUAAUAAAAUGGUCAUACAAGUGUAUUUGUACAGAGAAAUAUACAGGAAAUCAUUGUGAAGAUGAUGUAGACGAGUGUUUCAACAUUCCCUGUCAGAACGGUGGGAAAUGUAUCAACAGAAAUGGCGAUUAUCGAUGUGAUUGUAACCAUGGAAACAGUGGCAAGAACUGCCAUUUAGAUUGCAAGGUCAACAAAGUUGAUCUGGGGAUUCUAAUUGAUGGCUCUGCUAGCGUGCAGUUCUACGGAAAGGACAACUUUCAGAUUAUUAAAGAUUCUAUAAAAACCUUUAUACGAACAUUCAAUGUGUCAAGUAGUUUAACACGUGUUGGAGUUAUCGUUUUCUCCACAAAUGCCACAGCAGUGUUUAAACUGGACAGUUACACAACUCAGUCAGACGUUGAACAGGCGAUUGAUAACAUAACGUAUCCUGCUGGCGGCACAUAUACUGGAAAAGCCUUAACAAAGGCUGCAGAAGAUUUGUUUGGGCCAAACUCGGUACGAUCAAGCAAUGUUUCCAAAAUCCUGGUCGUAGUUACAGAUGGUGUUUCCACCGAUGACGUCACUCAGCCAGCCGCGCUACUCAAGAACAUUAACGUGGUCCCUUAUGUUGUUGGAAUUGGUUCAAACUAUGAUGUUUCCCAGCUCGAGCAGAUAGCUGUUAAUGCCACGAAUCGGGUUUUCAAAACUGAAUUUAACUCACUUUCGGAAACUUUUAUCAGACUUAGAGGAAAGAUCUGUCAGGAUUUGGAUAAAUGUGCGGAUAAUCCCUGUAGGUUUGGUGGUGUUUGUCAAAAUAAUGGUUUGAAUUGUACGUGCGCGCAAGGUUUCCAAGGAGCAGAAUGUUCUGAAGAUGUAAAAGAAUGCUCAAACGUAAGUUCCAACUGCACUUUUGGAAAACGUUGCACUGAGACCUUUGGUGGGUUUGAAUGUACAUGCGCUAAUAGUUCUCUGUACGGUGAGAAUUGCACCAGAGAUUGCAGCAACAAUGGCUCCACAGUACUGUUUCUUUUGGACAGAGGAAAAAAUGUAGGACAAGACAACAUAAAGCAUCAAAUCGAGUUCAUCAUCUCGGUGGCAUCUUCCAUUUCUAUCGUAGACGUUGCAGUCAUUUCCUAUGCAACUGAUGCUGAUAUUGUCAUCAGACCUGGGCAAGCAUCGAAUUUAACCGAAUUUUCUGAAACUUUACGCAGCGCGAAUUAUUCCAUGGGUUACAUGAAGAACUUGGGUGUAGCAUUACAGAAAGCUCAAGUGAUUGAAGAAAUUUAUAACCACUCAAAACCAGCAGUCGUAGUUGUGAUGAUAAUGGGGAAAUCAAAUGAUGAUGAAGCGCCAUAUGCGGCAGAAUUGAAACAAAGAGGUGUUACUGUUGUAGCUGUACCCUUGGAUAACAAUUAUAAUCUAGCAGAGUUGAACUUGUUGGUGUCAAAGCCAUCUACGGACCACAUUUUGGCGACGGACGUUUCAAAUUUGAAGCAUUUCGUUAGUAGAACAAGAGACGCGGUUUGCAAAGCUUGGAAACCAUGCACCAGCUCAGACUGUCCGCCUACGCACGAAUGUAAAAAUAAUUAUGGACAAGAUGGAGGGUUUCGCUGUAUUCCGCCCCCCUCUGUGUGUGAGCCUAACCCUUGCAAGAAUGGAGGAAAAUGUCAAAUUGUCGGCUACAACGUGCACAAUUGCACUUGUCCAGCGGGAAUCGGAGGUGUGAACUGUACGGAAGAUAUCGUAAACGAAUGUGAUUCAGCACCCUGCAAAAACGGCGGGACUUGCCGGGAUCUCCUGGGGGCUUUUACAUGCAAUUGUACAGAGGAAUUUUCUGGAAAGCAGUGCGAAAUUGCUUGUUCAAGUCAACGAUUCAAUUUGGUCUUCUUGGUCGACGGAUCUGGUAGCAUAGAACUCCAAGGAAAGGGAAACUUUCAACGUUCCAAAGACUUUUUGAUUGCUCUCGUACGAGAAUUUGAAAUUGGUCCGGACCAAACCAACGUUGCCACUGUUCUGUAUUCGCAACACUAUCGCAUCAUCCAUCACUUAGAUACCUUUAAAACAUUGGUUGGAGUAGAGAACGCAAUUCAAGGCAUGGGUUUUCCAUCAGGUGGUACACGUACUGGGCAAGGUUUAAACGUGAUCCGCAACGAGAUAUUAAAAAAUUUAGGAGUUGCCAGAGAAGAUGUUCCUAAAAUUGUGGUUGUUUUGACUGAUGGAUUGUCUAAAGACAGUGUAGUUGGUCCAUCUCGUGCUCUCCGAGAUAUGGGAGUGACAAUUAUUACUGUCGGUGUUGGCUGCUGUUUUUACAAGCCUGAGCUAAACGAGAUGGCUACGGAUCCUGAUAAAGAUCACGUUUUUGAAGCUAAAUUUUCAGAUCUACCAAAAAUUGUGGAGUCUCUUCGUGAAAAGAUUUGUUCUGCUGUAGACGUUUGCAGAAUUAAUCCGUGUGAGAAUAACGGAACUUGUACCAGCUUACGGGAUGGUUUUCAAUGUAAUUGUUCAUCAAGUUGGACAGGAAAGAAUUGCUCAAUUGAUGUCGAUGAGUGUUCUACCAAUGCGACAAAAUGCAAUGAAAACCAAGCUUGUCAUAACUAUCCUGGAGGAUCAAGUUGUCUUUGUAGUGACAGCCGAUAUGGUUAUAACUGUACCAUGCGUUGCAAUCAAACCAAGGCUGAUGUUGCUUUCCUCGUGGAUAGCUCUGCCAGCAUUAACCAGGGAGACAAAAAUAACUACCAACGAAUCAAAGAUUUCAUCGCAGGAUUUGUCAAGUCUGUAGUUAUUGGACAGAACGACACCAGAAUUGGACUUGCCACCUUCUCCUCGCAAAACAGUUUUAGAGUUCAUUUCAAUUUUACUGAAUAUUCCGCCACGGAAGAGUUGGUCAAUGCUGUACAGAGCAUUCCUUAUGACGCAGGUGGCACUUAUAUGGGCGCCGCAUUGACUCGAAUAAGAACAGAUAUCUUCAGCAUGGCCAGAGAGGGAAUUCCCAAAAUUCUCAUCAUUUUAACAGACGGUAAAUCGCAAGACAAAGUGUCAGUUCCAUCGAAAAGUCUACGCGAUGAAGGUGUUCAUAUCAUCUCAGUUGGUGUUGGUAAUGCUGUGUACAGUGAGCUCGCAGAUAUGGCGUCUGAACCUGAUAAUGAGAAUAUCUACAAAGCAACGUUUGAUUCUCUUAGUAACAUUUUUGGAACUUUACAGGAAACUGUUUGCAAAGUUGUACAAAACAAUACAGACCCUUGUCUAAGCAAUCCAUGUCAGAAUGGAGGAAAAUGCGAACGUUUCACCAAUAAAUUUAAUUGUACAUGCUUAGCUGGUUUUACUGGAGACAAAUGCGAGACAGUUAAAAAACUCGACAAGUGUACUCCUUCGCCGUGCUUAAAUGGCGGACGAUGCGCAAACACUAAUCAGACCUUCCGCUGCUUCUGUGCACGUGGUUACUAUGGAAACCGCUGCGAGUCAGGCUGUGGAUUUAGAGAGCUAGGAUUGAAGAUACCCAAUACGCGUCGAAUCCCAGACAAACACGUGACUUCAUCUUCACAGAGGGACACCGGUCACUCUGCUCAUCGCGGGAGGAUUGGUAUCGAAGUUAUGGGAACGUGGGAUGACGGGUGGUGCUCAUCGCAAACAGACACAACGCCUUACAUGCAAGUGUUCUUUGAAUACCUGACAAAUAUCACUGAGAUUGAAACCGAAGGAGUCGAAGAUGAAACGAAUAAUUUGUGGGUUGAAAGUUACUACGUUUCAACGAGCAACAGCACAGAGGGGAAUUCUUUUGUCAACUACACUGAAGAUGGAAAAACCAAAAUUUUCAAAGCUAACACAAGGAUUUCCGGGAAAAAUGUUUCUCUCCACGGAACAAGCGCUCAUUUUGUUCGAAUUCAUCCACUUAAUCACACUGGAUUGUUUGCCUGUUUGCGGGUAGCGAUGUACGGUUGUGACAAAGGAGGCGACUUCCAAGAAUUCCCAACCACUUUGGCGGAGAGGCUUGACAAUGCUGCUUUCGCCAAGGACCCACUGUUUGAUACGCAUUUAGCUGCUAUACCAAUUGCAGUGUUUGUAUUCCUCUUAUUGAGUUCGUUAUUUUUCCUUUUGCUUCCUCUUAGGACUCCUUCUCCGUCAGGGCCGUCAGUGAGAGAAAAUAUAAUUCGAUUCGAACAAGAACCACCUCAGCAUGGCGCUAUUCCGCUUGUCCCUACAUAUGAAGUUCAGUCCCUCAGCAUGGAACUCGGAGAAGAGCCUAUUUUGCAAGUGGAGGGUGUUAAUACCGCCUCGAACGACGCAAUUUUCUCCUACGACAACAAGAUUUUCAGUUUCGACCGUCAAGUGGGUUUAGCUAGCCAAGGCCAGAGCAAUCUCCUAUGAGCAUCUGAGAACGGUUAAUCCUUAAACCCUAACAUCAGUUUACGUAUUCUCCAUACUGUUCUACAUACAUUUCCUAAGAUGUCGACAAGGAGAAUUUGUUAAACAAGCAAGAGCUUUUUUAGUGAAUGAUCAUUUCCUUUUACUCUCGUGACCCUAAUGUGUUUAUCAGAGGUUAUAUUGCGAAGAGAUUCUAGUCACUUUAUGGCAGUCAAAGGGUUAAUGGUGAUUGUAAAAAAUUUUCCUUCCACAUCUUAAAAUUCACAACACGCCAUGGUACAAUUUGGCAUAAUUGGAGCCAAUUUAGCUAUUUUUGAGAUAGAAAUAUGGCUUGACAUGUAUAAUUCAAAAUGAAAAUUUAUAAACAUAUUUUUAGUUGCAAUACACUGCUAUAUAUUAAUCAUCAAAGGAGAUGACUUUUCCUGCAGAUUCUAACAGAUAUAGAAAGAAAAAGGAUAUCGCUAAAAAUGUAAUUGUCUUAAAAAUCCUGAUGCAAUUUCAUGAGAGAUCAAAUUACUUUUUUACGUUCGGUAAAUCUAGUUUUCUUUUGUUUUCAGUAUUUUGUAUUAUUGUCCUGUAGUUGUAUGAUGAAUGGAAAAUGAAUUAAAAUUAUGUAAGGCUCUUUUA